CUGGGUGGGUGUGGAAAGGGAAGCGAUACUUGUUCACAAGAGAGCAAGACGACACACCACAACCACGCAACCUUCACCCCGUCCACCUCGUCAAGUAUAGUGCCGUCUCCGUCAUCACCACUCCGAUCUCUUGCUCACAACUCCCUCUCACACCCACAAUGGCGCAAACCCCCCAACAACGCCGCGCGAACGAAGCAUACGCCAAAUCCGAGGCGGCCAAGCGCGGCAAACCCGUCAGCGACAUCAAGAAGAAGCAGAAAGUGGACAAGGCGCCGAUAAGUCCGAUUUGGGUUUAUGUGUUGAUCUUCGCCAUCUGCGGUGGAUUGGUUGUGGAGGUGAUGAGGAUUAUUCUGAGGUACUUUUCGUGAAAGAGCUGGACUACAUGGCAAGAGGCACGGCAUUGGCAUGGCAUUUGCAGGCGCUGGGAGGUGUACUCGAGGGGUACGGGACAAGUCGCGAGUGUGCCGGCGACACCACCGAAAGA